ACGCAUGUUUAUAACGUGCCUGUGAUCCGGCCGCAUAGGGUUCUGUGACUGCCUCUUUGACUUUUGUCCUUCCUUUCUAGUGUGAAUAUCUAGCGUAAUAUCAUAGUCGAAGAUGCGGCCAUCCACUCGUUUUACUUUUUUUGUUCAGCUCUUGGGGUUGACCACGGCACUUCCCAGCCAGGAUGUCGUCUCCCGUGAAGAGCUCCAGGCGGCCAAGGAUACGUACGAUUACGUGAUUGUUGGUGGAGGAAUUACUGGACUAAUUGUUGCUAAUCGUCUGUCGGAAGACAAGAAGAAGUCCGUUUUGGUCAUCGAAGCUGGACGGGCUGAUGACAACCCAAACAUUCGCAUGCCCUAUGGCGCCACAUAUGCUCUGAACACCUCACUCCUCUGGCCGAACUAUGUUUCUGAGCCUGAGACCCAACUUGCCAACAAGACCUGGAACGUUCGCGUUGCGGAAGUUCUUGGUGGAGGUUCCGUUGUCAAUGGAAUGGUAUAUGACCGUGGUUCUGCCGCGGAUUACAAUGCCUGGGAAGCCUUGGGCAACAAGGGCUGGGGCUGGAAUGGCAUGUUGCCUUUCUUCAAGAAGGGUACCGAGUACAUUCCUGCUCCGGCGUCCACUACCAAGGAGUUCAACAUCACAUGGGACCCCAAGGCCUAUGGAAAUGGACCCCUUAAGAUUGGUGUCUCCGAUUUCCAAUACCCUGACAUCAAGGACUACUUCGCCGCCUUCAAGGGUGCGGGUGCCCAUAGGCCCCUUGACGGCAACAAUGGCGAGGCUUACGGUGCAUCUUGGUUCCCCAACACCAUGAACCCACACACCGGUGAGCGAAGCCACGCCCGUAACUCAUACUACGACCCUGUCGCCAGCCGUUCCAACCUAAACCUUUUGUUGGAGACUGUUGCCAACGAGCUCGUUUUUGACACCGGCAAGAAGCUCACUGCUCGUGGUGUUAAGAUUACUAACAAGGUCACUGGCGCAACAAAGACCGUCUAUGCUAAGAAGGAAGUUGUUCUUGCUGCUGGCUCUGUCAACACUGUCAAGCUUCUCCAGCUGAGUGGUAUCGGGCCGAAGUCCACCCUCGAGGCUGCCGGCAUCAAGGUCAAGCUCGCACACGAUGGAGUUGGUGCCAACUUCCAAGACCAUCCUUACACAUUCCUCGGCUUCAGCAUCUCUAACAUGAGCAAGCCAAACCCAACUUCUCUUGCCACUGACCCUGCUUUCAAUGCUUCGGCUUGGGCAGAGUACACCGCUAACAAGACUGGUCCCUUGACCCAGGCUCGCGGAAACGCUCUUGCAUUCAUCCCUCUCCCUCAAGUGGCUCCUCAGAACUACCGUAACCUUGCAGACCAGAUCAAGAAGCUCAAGAGCGCGCAGCAUCUUCCUGCCCUGUACCAGAACAGCAAAAAGCUCCUCAAGGGAGUUGACGCCCAGCGCAAGGUUCUCGCCGGCUUGUACCAGAACGACAAGGCUGGUAUCGUCGAAUACCCGGUCCCUGCUGCCGGAUCUGGUGUUCUUGUCAGCAUUCAGAAGCCUCUCUCUCGAGGUGUCAUCAGCAUCAACCCUGCAAACCCACAGGGCCCACCAAAGAUUCUUUACAAUGCUCUGACCAACCCUAUCGAUAAGUCUGUCAUGGCAGCAUGUGUUCGCUACAUCCGAACUGUUUGGGCGAGGCCUGAACUCAAGAAGUUCUCUCCCGUCGAGACCUCUCCUGGUGCUCAAUACACCACCGAUGAGGAGCUCAUCAACAAGAUGGUCGAGCUUGGAAGCAUCUGGCCUACAUUGUCCCAUCCUAGUGGCUCCUGCGCCAUGAUGCCUGAGGAUAUGGGCGGCUGCGUCUCUGACGAACUUCUGUUCUAUGGCGUCAAGCAGCUCUCUAUUGUUGACGCAUCGAUCUUGCCUCUUGUUCCGUCCCAGCACAUUCAGUCCACCAUGUAUGGUGUCGGUGAGAAGGCAGCUGAUAUCAUCAGGAAGAGGGGUUAGAUGCUGUAGAAUUUCUUGUCAGUUGAAU